CCAUGGUUCAGCAUGCAAUGGGGGGUCUUGGGAUGCGUUUGGGAUCUCCAAAUGCCCAGGCUCAUCCCUUAAAUGCUGCUCCCCCCCUACACCACUGGUGUUAUCCGCGUUUCAUCCGAAAAUCGUUCUGGUCAACUCGCAUGGUGUCCUUGUCAUAGACCUGCAGGCACUUUUCCACUCACCGCAGAGCCCUACACUCAGCAGCUGGCGGAGCUGCGCGACGCGCGUCAGCGCGCCCAAGCGCUGGGCCAAAGCGCCCAGCUGCGGGCGCUUCCCGUGGGAGGGCACAUGUUACUGGACAGCAACGGUGCCGACCUGGCAGAUCUCCUGGCGCCGAAUGAGCUGCGCGCGUGAGCUGCGCGGGGUCUGUGUGGCAGGAAAAGAGCUCGGCAGCAGAACCACGCGCGUUGGGUUCAAGCAGGCGCGGCCGGACAUCAAGAUCAUCCUCUCAGAGCCCAAGGUCGAACUCGACCGUCCUCCGGUCCACGCCGUGCGACACUGGUCUCAGACACCGGCCACGCAUCAGGGCGCCGCACUCUUGACCAGUGGCAUCAAGCAGGACGGCUCCGGCUUGGGACGGUCCGUGCUCGUCCCCUCCAACAUGUCUGAACCGAACCCGGACGAGACGCAUGGUCCGCCCAUCCCAUCCAAGGCUAGACCGGACGGGAUGGUGAAGAGGGCUCUCGUGGGCGUGAACAUGGUCUUGGCCAGGACUCGCCCAGCGAAGAAUGGAUUUGCUGCGCGUAGCGUUUUGAACCGAAGUUUCGGCUGGGAACGCAAGUCUUUGGGUGAAGUGACCUUUCAACGUUCACAACUGCAGGGAGGGUCCAAAACCUUCCGCCAGGAUGGCAUCAACAUGAACUUGGCCGAUGAGAUCCUACUGGUGGAUCCACAGGAUGCCAUGAAGACUGCCAUGGACCUCGCCAGGUACGAGGGCAUCUUCACCGGCACCAGCGGCGGCGCCACGGUGGCCACGGCGCUGGAGGUGGCCCAGAAAGCGCCCCUUGGAGCGGCGGUUCGUCCGGCUCGGUGUGAACUUGACGGUGGUUCCUGGGGCCCACCAGCCUCUUUCACGGGUGCCUUUCGUCAGAGGCCCGAAGGCUCCACCAUCGUCGCCAUGGUGCCCGACACCGCCGAGCCUCACGGCCCUCAACUGGUAGGUCUACGCACAAAGAUGUCCUCGGAGAAGGUGUCCAGCAGCGUCACCUUUCAGACGAGGCGCUACUUGUCCACGCCUCUCUUCGGUGACAUCGACUCGGAGAUGAACGAGGCCGGACCAGUCUACCAACCCAGUGCGGACUUCACCUGCCGGAUGGAGACGGCGCCACCGUCUCGAGGAAGAGAUGACGCUCUCCAAGUCCACUCCCGGAGCCCGGCAGCCCAGAUCGACUCGGCGACUGCGACCCGGUGCGACUCGACGGCUUCGGUGAAGCGGCGCGACGGAAGGGAAGCGGCUGGGCGGCCAGAGAGGCCACCGACGGAUCCGGCUGGCACCAUGUCAGCUGCGCAAGAAACGUGGGUCUUGGAGAUUCCUGAUGAAUUGGAGAUGAAGACGAAGACGACCAGUGAGAUCUGCACAUCAGCGGAUGGGAUGUGGGACCAUGACGGCCUCGAUGAGCCUCAAGCAGGUGGCCCUGGCAGCCCUCCUUGUGGCGGCUCUGAGAAGCUUGAGCUUCGUGCCAGGCGUGGAUGUGGCGCCCAGUCGAACCUGGCCCGUCCCAGUCUCCGUGGAGGUGCUCCGAUGGGAAGUGCAUCGAAGCUGGAGGGCGCGGAGCUGGGCGCCGGUGGAUGGGGCCUGGCCACCAGUGGCAUGUUGGCCCUGGGUGCUGCCUCCGUGGCACUCCUGCGACGACAUGGGAGCCCAAGUUCCGUGGCCCUGCGCGCCACGAGGGUGGAGUGGUUCCGCAAGGUGAAGCGCAUCAGUGGAGACCGAGCCAUCUUCGACGUCACAGUGAAGAAGCCCAUGGGAUUGGUCUUGGAAUAUUUGCCCGACAAGAAAGGUGGCUUCCGUGGCGUGGGCAUCAGCGAGGUGGUCCAAGAUGGCAAUGCUUAUGAGCUCAACAAGAAGGUGUGCGUCACGGAGGAGGAGGAUGGCAUGUGGAUCUUGGAGGGCGAUCGGGUCAUCGGCGUCAACGGCACCGAGACGGUGGACUCCUCCAUCGACGACAUCGCCAGGCUGGUGGGUGAAUCCGAGGGCGAUUCGGUCUCGCUCACCUUGUGCCGCAACACCCGACUGGGGCCCAUCAAGGUGGUGAUGAUGCCCAGCGGCAACUUCGCGACCGUCCGUCGAAAUUCCAGAUUAUCUGCAGCUGUGGAGUUUGCUUUGGGUAAGGAGAUCAAGUACGGUUGCAUCGACGGAUGGUGUGGCACCUGCUGGCACCGCGAGCGUGUCACUGGUUGGCUCUUCAAGCCUUGCUCGGAUCUCAUCACCACGGACUGGGACAACGUCAUGCCCAUGGUGCUCUUCCCCAAACCGGAAAAGGCCGGCGAUGCCACGCUGCUGAAGCCCCGCGGCGUCUGAUGGCCGGUGGAAAAACCCAGGCGAUGGGGAGUUGGAUGAAGGGCACGAGGAGAAGAAAACCCUCAACCGAGGGGUGGAGGGUGCGAUGUUCCCCUCAGAUGAGUAUAUGGCUCCCCUUUUUUUGCACGAUGUCCCCGGGAGUUCUGAAAGGUGGACUCACUGUGGGACUCUGGGACUCAUAGAGUUCUUUUGGGGUAUGUUGUUGUGUGUGGGUGUGUGUGUGUGUG